AUGCCCAAAGCUCCGAAUAAUCCACCUCUACCACUUAAUGGGUUAUUCCCCAUUGCUAAACCCUCAGGACCCACAUCGAUGAAAGUCAUCGACGCUAUCACACCUCUUUUACUUGAAUCUCGUCUGUUCGACGAUCCCGAAAGACGAAAACAUGGUAUGUCUACUCAAAAACGUAAAAGGAAGAAGAACACCACGCAUAUGGGAUUGAAAAUUGGUCAAGGGGGAACAUUAGAUCCUCUAGCUGAUGGUGUAUUGGUCAUCGGCGUUAAUAGGGGUACGAAACAUCUCAAUCGGUUUUUGGAAUGUACCAAGGAAUAUACUUCUACUGGACUAUUAGGAGCUGCGACUACGACAUAUGACGCAGAAGGGGAGAUUCUGACUACUUCCAAAUGGGAUCAUAUAACUCGGGAAGAUGUCGAAAAGGCCAUUGAGAAAUUUCAAGGAGAGAUCAUACAGACUCCUCCUAUUUUCUCCGCUUUGAAAAUGGACGGUAAACCAUUAUAUGAAUACGCACGUUCUUCUCUACCUCUCCCUCGUGCCAUCCCCACUCGAAAAUGUACCGUCCAUGUGGAACUUUUAUCCUUUACCCCAUCUUCGGUCACCCCAAACGAUGGAGGACAUAAUUACCGUUGGCCCACUACGCGUUUGUCUUCAGAACAGAAAACGAUAUUUCAACGAUUGACAACUUUGGUUCAUCAAGCACAGGAGAAAGAACAUUUGGCCGAACCCCCCAUCCCGGAUCUCAAUCUUCAAGCUGAUAUAACAUCAGAAGUCCUUGAAGAUGGAAGGAGACCUCCGACCUUUGAGAUCAAAAUGACAGUUUCUAGUGGGACAUAUGUGAGAAGUAUCAUUAAUGAUAUAGGAUUGUUAUUAGGAUGUGGGGCACAUGUGGUAAAAUUGACAAGAACCAGACAAGGAGAGUUUACAUUGUAUGAUGAGGAAAAGUUGGAUCAUGAUGUGAGUGUGAAAAAGGAGGAAGAGUCGAGUAAUGAUGUGGGAGUGAAAAAAGAAGAAGAAUCAAGUGAGAAUACCACAGCUUGUAUCCCUUGGGAAAUAUGGGAAAGAGCUAUAGAAGCUCGUAAACAACGAGGAGGCAAGAUGAAGAAGGAAGAAGAAGUUGACGAAGAAGAAGCCAUGGGGAAUGGUGAAGUUGAGGAAGAAUUGAAGGAAUGGGAAAAAGAAGUUUUGAGAAGAUUCGUCCCUGUCCCUGUGCCAAUAUCGGGGACGAAUUCGAGAGAUGGACCAUUGAUGAGGUAUCCAUGA